AUGGACACUGUCAAGGAUGCUGCCAACUACGUCUCUGAGACUGUCCAGGGCAAAGGCGCCCAGACUUCUAAGGAGGCCAACAAAAACGUCGCCAAGGAUUCGGAUGCCAAUCUGAGUACCCGUGCCAGCGCUGCGAAAGAUGCAAUUGUCGACAAGAAAGACGAGAAAUCCCAUGAUACAAAGGCAGAUGUGAACAAGGAAUCUGCUAAGCACUAA